AUGAUUUCUGCGAUCAUCGCGGUGUCCACCACUGCUUGGCAAGGCGGAAGUCUCUUCCAGUCGACAAACCUACACUGGGAGGAUGCCUGUUCAGCCAUUGGAGGCCUUAUUGUCUUCGGUGCAAUCGGAUACUUCAUAGCUUUCUUAACUGGACUCUACUGGGCUAAAUUUCCAGAGCUGGAGGGAUACCUGCUCCUCACUUUCUACAUUGGCCUUUACGUGGGAACCCUGUCAGUGUUUAUCGCUACUUUGAUUUUCACAACUGUCAUCAACCGGACCUGGUCAGCACUGUUGUCAGUUAUUGGUUGCACCCUGGGUGGUAUUGCGAUAUGGUUGGAGCUGCCAACACUCCUGUGGUUCAAAGAAUGCUGUAUUCGGCCGAAGGACUAG